AUGCAGCCAUUUCAGUUCACCCUGACCAAUAAUGGCACCGUGGCAGGUGUACACUCCAUCCCACCAUUAUCAGCAUCGCGUGCUAAGCACCGCCCUCUGAUUGUUGCUCUCCAUGGCGGGUGUUAUGACCAUCAGUACUUCGACGCUACCCCCCACUACUCUGCUUCUUCAACUAGUGAAGCUCUUGGGGUGCCCUUUGUGUCGAUCGAUCGUCCGUCCUAUGGGGGAACAAGCCCUAUUUUGCCAAUCCCAGAGGGCAGCGAUUUCUAUGAGCAGACUGGUCGCUGGUUGCAUCAGUUCAUUCUUCCGAAACUCUGGUCGGAGAUCGGCGUACCCAAUCAAUGCAGCUGUCUCGUAUUGUUGUGCCACAGUUUGGGUGUCAUGGGAGGCAUCGUGACCGCGGCUUUGCAUGCACAAGAUGACGGACCGUUGUAUCCCCUAGGAGGUAUUAUUGCAAAUGGAAUGGGAAACACCCAGUCAUCAUUCAUGACAAGUACACCUCCUUCGUUUAUUCCCAUUGACGACGACCAUACUCGUUUCCCCGUUGACAAGAAGGAUGGGAUCAUGUUCAAACCGGGGACCGUGGCCCCGGAGGUUCUGGAGCAGACAGAACGUCUCAAUGCAGUUUCACCGCUCCCAGAGCUUACUCAGUUCCCAACUUUGUGGCUCCCCAAUUGGAAGGAGAAGUGGGCUGCGCAUGUAAACACUUCUGUCAUGUUUUGUCUUGUGGAGGAUGAUCCCUUUUUUGUGGUAAAUGAGGAGGAGGUUGGGAUUUGUGCGCAGGCCUUCAAGAGCAGUCCACGUGUGGACAGUAGUAUAGUUCGAGAUGCCCCUCACUGCAUGGAACUCAGCCACUGGUCGCAAGGGUGGUAUGCCCGAUGUUUUGGGUUUGCGAUGGAGUGCUCUGCUAGUUUCGCUAGUUCGAACUAA